UCAGGCGCUGAACCGGAAGCUGUUCCGUCCUAGUCGCGUCUGUAUGUGUAUGCGUGUGUCGCUUGAUUGUGGGCUCGGCGAUACACUGACAGCUGAAUGAUACAAUGUAACGGCGACGCGCGGAAAUGGAAUAAUCUCUUGAUGCACACACACACACACAUGUGAACAACACACAGAGGCGUUGUUAUUCAGCGUGUGUUGUUUUGAUGAGGGGACGGAAAGUCGUUAUACAAACAGCGCCGAUCGGUGAUUUAAAUGCAUUUAAUUUCAAUGGCUUUACGUGAGCAUUUUAAUCCGCUCGGCAUACUGCAAUGAUCUAAUAGCGGAUCGCGACUCCAGUGUUUGAUCCCAUCAUCCGCGGCUGUUACGCCCCAUCAUCUGUCGGGUGGGCUCCAUCGAUCAGAGGGCGGAUAUUUAUCAGCGUUGAUAUCUCCAGACACCAGGAAACAUGGGGAACAGCACUUCGUGCUGCGUGUCGUCCAGCCCGAAGAUCCGGAGGAACGCGCACUCGAGGCUGGAGCCGUACCGGCCCGAACCGGAGCUCAGUCGAGAGGACACGGGCUGCAACCUCCAGCACAUCAGCGACAGAGAGAACAUAGACGAACUCAACAUGGAGUACAACCCUUCGGACCACCCGCGUGCCAGCACCAUCUUUCUCAGCAAGUCCCAAACAGACGUUAUUUUACCCAACAAGAAAGUUCGGGAGAAAAGGAAAAGUCUGUAUGUCAACCAUUUAACACACAUUGCGGAGUCGAAGCAACAUCCGUCUGGUCCGAUAAGACGCAAGUACAGCUCCUGUUCCACCAUCUUCCUGGACGACAGCACCGUCAGCCAACCCAACCUCAAAUACACCAUCAAAUGCGUUGCGCUUGCAAUAUACUACCACAUAAAGAACAGAAAUGUUGACGGUCGAAUGCUGUUAGAUAUAUUUGAUGAAAAACUUCAUCCGCUUUCAAAAUCAGAGGUGCCCUCAGACUAUGACAAACACCACCCGGAACAGAAGCAGAUCUACCGAUUUGUCCGGACGCUCUUCAGUGCCGCCCAGCUCACAGCCGAGUGUGCCAUAGUUACUCUGGUGUAUUUGGAGAGAUUAUUAACAUACGCUGAGAUUGACAUCCUUCCUGCUAACUGGAAGAGGAUUGUUUUGGGUGCCAUCCUGUUGGCAUCUAAAGUGUGGGAUGAUCAGGCUGUGUGGAAUGUCGACUACUGCCAGAUUCUCAAAGACAUCACGGUUGAAGACAUGAACGAGCUGGAGCGUCAGUUUCUGGAGCUGCUGCAGUUCAAUAUUAAUGUUCCAUCCAGCGUCUACGCCAAGUACUACUUCGACCUGCGUUCGCUCUCCGAGGCUAACAAUCUCAGCUUCCCCCUGGAGCCUCUUAGCAGAGACAAGGCCCAGAAACUGGAGGCCAUCUCCAGGCUUUGUGACGACAAAUACAAAGACUUGAGAAAAGGAGCUAAGAAGCGCUCGGUGAGUGCGGAUAACCUGACAGUGGUUAGAUGGUCCCCGGCCAUUAUAUCCUAAUAAUGGUGGACUUCUGGGACUCUCACCUGAGACGGAGAGAAAGAGACUGUCGAAAGAAGCGUUCUCUAAGAGGACACAUAUGUGCUUAAUACCUCAGCAGGACUCUUAAGCCAGAGGCUUUUCUUUUGAAGAUUCUCCAUGCUGGUCGGACGGCUGCUGUAUAUACAAAACGAAAAUGAUCAAUUUCAAACCUGUGGCUUAGAGGACACGGAGAAUGAGGAUUCUGCUGCGGAUCAGAAGGAAUAGAGGAUGUGAACAUGUUAAAAGACCCCCAACGACAGGAACAGCAUUCAAACUGCUCUGUUUCAUAUGCGUUUUCACAGCGUAUUUCUUCACCACUAGAAUGGUUCAAAUUUCAUUUGUUGCUCGUGGCUGUGUCCUAACAGCCAAAAAACAGUAUAGCCAAAAGUAACUUUGCAAGAUUACCACUUCAGUUGCAGUUAAUGUUAUUUGAAAUUUUGUCCACAAUUUAUUUUUAUCUAAAGUAGAUCUAAAGAGAAAACAUCCUAAAUUACAUGUUACACAUUUAUAAUCAGACUUAAACAAUAUUAUAUAAUAGGAACAUAUCAAAUUUGGACCUCAGUCAUACAUUCCUAUAUACUGUGUAUUACAAGGCUGAUUAUAUUUACAUUUUAUUCUUUUUACCUUGCUAUUGUUUUAAUGCAUUAUCAAGCCAUUUAGGAUGUUUCAUGUUGUUUAAAAAAAAUAACGGAAGCUGGAAGGUGAGUAGAUGAAGGGAAAUAUUAGGGGUGCUCUGGCGGUCUCAAUGUGAAAUUCUUGAAGCGAUUGUCUAAUGAAAUUUCUCAUAAUUCUUUAAUACCAUGAAAACCCAUCAGACAGAAGUUUAAAAUGUCUGAAAUAUGUGGAAAGGUAAUAGACAGAUUGAAAUUUAUGGUUUUAUUAUGCCGUUUUAAAACCCAGAAUCUUUUUCACAAUGGCAUUCAAUUCUCAGAGCCCACAAAGGUGUUUAACCCUCACACUGUUUACCCGGUUAUAUAUAUGUCUGCUUCAUCAAAUGACAGAUAUGCACAUGCUGUCUUACUCUCAACUUAAUUUCUCCCAAAUUCUCAAAGCAAUACACGCACUGUGUUCCAUAUAAUAUAAUAUCUGCUUGACUGAUUAUAGCUAGCAAAUGAAAGGUCUAUGGGACUAGAUAUAGAGAUAGGAUUUUUAAGUGUAUUACAAUUGGUGAUAACAUAAAAGUGUCAUUAAUGAUGGUGUCACUGCGAUAAAAUGGUGAGACGGACUGCAGCGUUUUAUUUUUCAAUUAUGAUGUGACGAACCAUUGAAUUUUGUGAUUUGUGAGGGAGUCCUGCUGUAUCCACUGCCAUGCGCUUCACCCACAGUGCCUGCAUUUCGCGGGAACAGGGCCUUCGAUGUACCCUGUGAAGAUUAUUCUAAAAACUCCAUUUUAUUAUUAUAACUUGUUUUUAGUUUAAUUUCAAAUCAGUUCUUCCCAUUUCAGAACAUCAGCAAGUAUUGAAUUAUGUCGCCUGAUGUAUGUAUGAUUUCCAAAAUAUCUGUUGUAUUAUGCGGUUCACCUGCUAUUUCAGACUGAAAUUCUCCUGUGCGUGGAACUUCACUCAGAAAUACAUUGAGGAUUAAAACUACCCAAUUUUUUUUUGUAUAUUGUACAUACUUCAACAUGCUUAAAGAAAUUUGAUCUUGAGAUAUUUAUAUGUGACCAGUGUUAAUUCUUAAAUUCUGAACAGUGAUGGAUUCAGUUUCGAAGAUAUAUGUUGAUUUGGAGGAAUUUUAUGUGAUUUUAAACUUCUUCAAAUCUUUUUGGAGUCUGUCAUCAGUGAAGUUUAUGUUUUUUUCCUCUUCACAAAAGUGACAUGAGUGAUUUUGCAAGGUUACAGUAUGCUGAUGGGAAUGUAACUCUGCAAUAGGUUUUCUCUUUUCUUUCUCUAAACAUUUUAGAAACAAUUAAUUUGACGAUACUCCUAACAAAUCAAGCAAGAAUGUCUCUUUGUUUUCAA